GCGGCGGGAGCUGUUUGCGCUCACCUAUGCUACCUGGCCACUUGCGGGAGCGGCGCGCGGGCGAAGCAACAGUUGGUUACGUGGCCAAGGCUGCUCGCGCGCGGUCCUAAGGCCCUCGACGGUCAGCUCGGGACCGCUCCUGCCCGGAGAGGACCAUGCCCGCGAGACCCUGAGGGGUCAGGCUCGUGUUUGCAGUGCCGUGAUGUGACGCGCCACACCGCCACCAUGAUGGAAUCACCCUACCUGUGCGUGCUGUACCUGGCGACGGCGGGGCAGCAGGGCGCCGGUCUCGGCGCCGACGAGGAGGAGGUCGUUCUGCUCGUCUACGUCGUCAUCGAGAUGGGCCAGAACAAGGUGGUGGGCAUGAAGCAGUACCUGGUUAAGCCUCGCAUGGCCGACAUCAACGAGAACGUGCUAUCGGAGCAACUUGUGGCGCAGUCCUCACUCACCGAGGACCUGGUGAAGACCGGAGUGCCGCUCGAGUCCGCCAUCCAGCAGUUCGAGCAGUACGCGCGCAGCACCUUCCACAUCGGGCCGUCGCCGCACUCGCUGAGGUUCGUGACGGACGGCCAGCUGCCCCUGAGGCAGUGCCUGCACCCCGAGGCCUGCUCCAAGGGCAUGGAGCUGCCCACCUACUACGCCGUCUUCAACGACCUGCGCAAGGAGUUCCAGGCCUUCUACGGCGCCACCGAGCCCGUCAGCUCCGUGGGCGACAUGGUCUCGUAUCUGGACAUGGUCCCCCAGGAGACCAGCGAGUUCUACGUGCGCGAGGUCUCCGACAUGGUCAGCAUCACCCUCAGGCUCGUAGCGGACGGUCACAAGUUCGAGAACCCGGAGACGAUCAGCCUGCGCCUGGAACCUGGAAUAUGCUCGAAGAAUGAGGAAGUAGACGACAACUGUGUUGUCAGGGCGAGGGGCUUACCGUGGCAAUCCUCCGACCAGGAUAUCGCAAAGUUCUUCCGAGGCUUGAAUGUUGCAAAGGGUGGCGUAGCCCUGUGUCUGAGCCCUCAAGGUCGGCGUAACGGAGAAGCACUGGUCCGCUUCGUGAGUCAGGAGCACCGCGACAUGGCCCUCAAGAGACACAAGCACCACAUCGGCAACCGCUACAUAGAAGUGUACAAGGCCUCCGGCGAGGACUUCAUCAACGUGGCGGGAGGCAAUAACAACGAGGCCCAGGCGUUCCUGUCGAGAGGAGGCCAGGUGAUCAUCAGGAUGCGGGGACUGCCUUACGACUGCACGGCCAAGCAGGUGUUGGACUUCUUCGAAGCGGGGGAGAGCUCGUGCAAGGUGAUGGACGACGAGGAAGGCGUGCUGUUCGUGAAGAAGCCCGACGGACGGGCGACGGGCGAUGCGUUCGUGCUGUUCAACCAGGAGGACGACGCGGGCAAGGCCCUCAGCAAGCACCGCGAGCUGAUUGGCUCGCGCUACAUCGAGCUGUUCCGCAGCACCACCGCCGAGGUGCAGCAGGUGCUGAACCGCUCCAUGGACCCCAAGACGUACGAGCAGCAGCAGCCGCUGAUCGCGCAGGUGCCCCAGGUGCCUCUGCUGCCGCAGCACUUCAUCACGUCGGGCACGAGGAAGGACUGCGUGCGGCUGCGCGGCCUGCCCUACGAGGCCCAGGUGGAGCACAUCCUGGAGUUCCUGGGCGAGCAUGCCAAGAGCAUCGUGUUCCAGGGCGUGCACAUGGUCUACAACGCCCAGGGCCAGCCUUCGGGUGAGGCAUUCAUCCAGAUGGACUCUGAGCAAAGCGCGUUCCACACGGCCCAGCAGAAACACCACCGCUACAUGGUGUUCGGCAAGAAACAGCGCUACAUCGAAGUGUUCCAGUGCUCGGGCGAGGACAUGAACAUGGUGCUUACCGGCGGCAUCCCCGCCGGGCCGCCAGUGUCCCCCGCCAAGCCGGCGGCGCUCCUGUCUCCCGGAGGGACCAUCCUGCCGCCGCCGUUUGGCCCGGCCGCCUUCGGGCCCUUCGGCCCAGCGACCGCCCAGCUGAUCCCGGCCACCCCGGCCCUGCCCCCGAGGCACGCCUUCGCCGCCGCCUACCCCCCGGCAGCCUUCUUCUACUGGCCCUACCCCCCCUCCCCUCCCGUGAGCCCCACGUCGUACUACGGGGGGCCCGUGCCCUCCCUGGGGCCGCCCCCGGGGGCAGUGCAGCCGCCGCCUCCCACGCUGGUAAUCACGCAAGGUCUUCCCUUCUCUGCUAACUUCCUUAGUGGAUCUCCAGAGUGGAGUAUCGACUAUAUGAAUGCCAGCCACGCUAAUGCUCACACUAUCACGACCCCGGGGAUGCACUCCGCCGCUGCUUAGCGGGCGACCAGACACCAUGGCAGUCUCUGUUGUCCGCAAGCACCCUUAAGUGUCCAAAGUGAAAUUAAUUCUUUUGUUUUGUUGAUUUUUUAAAAAUUUUUAUGUUUUUCAUAGAAGAUAAAGGAAUGUUAUGAUCAUUUGAUAGUUGUAGGCUGAAUGUACCAAAUAUUUCUCAUGUGGAAUGUUCGGACGUUUUAUUCCUCGCUGCUCUAUUGAUGCUCUUUGAUGAGGGAAGAGUGGUUGCGAGUAGUUUGCAAGCGAUGUUGGGAUGUAGGUAGAUGUGUUGUAAGAAGUGAACCAAAGUAUAUUGAGCAGAUGUGUUGGCUCAAACCCUGAAUAAUGAACUAUUAGUAAUUAAUGUUUUGUGAUCGAGGGUGCUGAAGAUGAAUUGGCCCUUAGCUGUGCGGCUGGCGUGGAGCCAGCGCAAAGCACAAAGGGCUCGGUUCAUUAUUACGAAUGUAUCUUUGCUCAUUAUUUUAGUAGUAUUAUAGGAUGAUGAUUGAAGAUAAUGUAUUUUGUAUUUUUUGUGUGCACAUCAGAGUACAGUAACUUUGAUGAGACGUUGAAUCAGAGUGAGAUAAAAUAUCAGCACUGUCAGAUAUGUUGAGAUUGAUGAUGAAUAGUUAAAAGUUCCCAAGUAAUUUUACUGUAUGAAUUGAAAUUACUUCAAAAUAUUGUGAAACAGUGAAUUGUUUUCAUUGUGGAUUGCCGCAAUGCAUUAUUGAUGCAAGAUAAUUUUAAUGAAAAAAUUAAUUUUACCUUUUCUCACGAAUUCAUUGGAUGCCCGUGUGUGGGUCUCUGAGGAGAUGCAGUGUAUGGAAAAUGCUUUGAAUGUGCUGUCCAAUAUUUUAAUUAUAUUUUGACCAAAUCAGAUAUUUUACUUUAAUAGAAUGGCUUUCCUUAACUUAAGCAGAACGUAAAAGGUUUGGAGCUGCGCCAUUAUCGCAAAUUUCAGUUCGACCUACCCAUGUAUGUUUUAUAGAAAUAUUCAGAAAUAUUUGUAUAUAGCUUGUAGAUUAUUAUUAGUUGUAAGGUUUUAUUUAUUACAAAUUACUUUAUCAUUCUCUUACUUCAAGACAGCAAAUAUCAUGGUCGUCUUCCAUUUGUUUUAUGAAGUUAGUUAUAAUUUGUAUUAAAAUUGAGUUUCCAUUGUAAUCUUUGGCCUUGUAUAAAAUGACUUCAUCAGUAAGAUAUUAAGUUGUUUAUUUUAUCAAAGGCUGCCAGUUUUUAAGGUUUUGAACUUGUGUGCUACAAUUUUUUUCAGUACCUCCACGUGCAGCUAAAUUUUAAAAAUUAUUUUCUGGUAAUUGCAGAGUUCAUAUUCUAAAGAAAAAUUUGGCUGCAGAGUUUUGUUGUGCCCUGUACUUGUGUGGCUUCCGAUGUGUUGCCAGCGUAGCAAUAACUGCCGUGGCAACUUGCGUGUGUUCAGAAAUUACAGUGCAAGCAGUGUGAGGCUUGUUUGCGGAAACAAUACUUGACCUUGUAAGCACAUAACCAAAUUACGUAGAAGAAUUUGUUACGUAGAUGAUGCAAGAGUGUGUUAAGUUUAUUACAUGUGUGAACUUUCUUGCACAAGAUACAAAGGCAUGUGUUACUAUUUAUUGAAUACAUAAAUUGUUUUGCCGCAAAACAACUGUAAGUGAAAUGUUUACAUUUAGUUUAGUCGUAGCAGUGUCUUUUUAUUCAAGUAUUUGUGAGAGAGAUUGUUAGUUAAUUUGCUUGUUAGCGGGUAGCUGCCUGUUGGGGCAUGUUAUAUUUGCUACGAAUAGCACCAUUAGAUUGUUGUAGCCUGUAAUUAUGUUGUUACGUUAUUUAAAGCAUUGAAAGUGCCUAUCUGUUAGUGUAGACUACAUAUAGAGUACAUUUGUUUCUGUGCUCUGAACACUGUUCUCUUACUAAACAGCUUGAGUAGACUUUUUUUUUGCAAACAAAUUUUUUAGCAUUUAGUGUUGAUAUAAUUUUUGUACUCAUAGCUCACACUCACACAUUCUUAAUAGAACAUUGUAUACGAAAUGCAGAAAUGUGAUGGUCAUUCUAAUACUGACGUUAAAAAUGUGCAGUUUUACUUCUUUAAGUUGAUUGGAAUAAUUCCUGACACGAAACAACGAAUUUUUAUUGAAUAAACCAUUGGUAGCUUGUAACUUGUAGGUUCAAUAUCACCUUUGCGUAGAUAAUUAAUAAUCUGUUGAAUCUGGUACCCACAUUCCAUGGUUUUAUUUGUGUGUUAAAUUGCUCUUUGCAAUUAUCAUUUUUUUAUGUUGAGUUUUUUGACAGCUAUAUUCAAAUGUUUUAAUUGUAAAUACAAUUUAAAAGGUUAUUUCUGCUUAGCCUACAUAUAUUAUAAAAUAACAGUUAAAUGAUAUACUCAGUAACAUAUUAUUUAUUUAAUAUAUAUAUAUAUAAAUUGAUAUUUUGUUCCUUUACAGUAGAUUACUUUGCUGUAAUUUGCAGUACUGAAAUAAUGGAGUAGGACGUGAAUAAUGAUAUGCUCGUCUGUGACUUCUAGUCGCUUACAGUGUGUUGCGAGCUGCUGCUUCAGUAGCAGAUUUUAUUAACUGAUCACUUAGCCAGUAGAAGCUAUUUUGUGUUCCGGAGAAUAAAUGAUAUCUUUAGCGAUUAUUGGCUUAAUUUGUACACUAUGCUGUGCUUGGAUCUGUGUACUAGCGUAACCACCUCUCCCAUUUAAUUAAAUUCUGAGCUCAUGAAAAAGAUUUGACUUAUAGUAAGCAGUAAGUCCUCAACUUAUAAAAAAGGGUAAACUUUUAUAGUCAUUCUUGUUGACUUAAUUUUCUUUUGGAAGUUAGUAUAGCGUAUGCUAGGUCUCACCUGCCAAUUCUUUUUCAGGAAAAUGAAAUUUGAAAAUUGGUGUCCCAAUGAUAGCUGCAAGGAAGCUAUUGGAAAAGAUUUACAGGAAAAUCCCUCAAUAGUGAUGACAAAUAAAUAGUUUGGAAGACCGAACCCUGGACUUCCACAAUUAUAUUAAACUUGCUCAUUUUAUACAACAAACUUUAGUUUACAUGUCUUCUACUCAAAAAGGGAAAAGUUCUAUUAAAAAGGUAUUGUCUAAAAUUACAAUCUUAGCAGGUAUUGUUGUUGAGUAGAAUGAAAUUAGCAAAUUACUGAGAACUGUGAUGAAAUUUGGCGAAGCAAUGGUGCUGAACAAGGAAGUAUUUUAAAUGUUGCACAUUACAAAAAAGUAUUAAAUUUAAAUGGUUGUCGUGGUGGGGAAGGAAGGCAUCUGAGCAUGAGCAGUAAUAAAUUUAAAUGAAAAGCUAGCUCAAUGACAAAUCAGCGAAACUGCACUACCUCUCUAUACCUAAUGGGAAUGCCUUAUCCUGUGGUACACCGUACUCUGAACAAAUAUUCUCCUCAGGAAUGCUGAAUCUAACAUUGCAAGACUACAGAGCUAUCAAUUCUGCCACCUUUUCCUGUGCCCUCAAUCUAAUUGAGACACAAAAGUAGGGAUUCUAUAGAUUCUCAAUUAAAAUUUGGGUGAACAAACCUUUUACUAGUUGAUUGCCCAUAAAUUUUGUCAAAAAUAUUUGCAAUCCUGCUUAUCAGGCAGUAUUAACAUAUUUUAUUGUGAAUGAAAGAGGGUGUGAACACUUCCUCAUACCUUCACAACCUUCACACCCUCCCACAUAUCUGUACACCCCUCUAAUACUCACACCCUCCUUCAUGCCUUCACACCCUCUCACAUACACACACACAUAAUAACCAUCAAUCGCUCCCUCAUAUCCGCACACCCCUCCUUCAUAUUUCUACACACUCCCUGAGAGCAUCCCUCUAAUUAAACCAAAUGUUUGGUGAAGGUGGAAUAAGAAUCAGUCUCAAGCCCAAACAACGGGACAUGCAUCGCAAGAGGUAAACGCGGAACGUGAGAAUGCUUGCGUCAACUCUGACAAAUCCUCGCGUGAAUGGGGGCAGCCACUAGGAGGUAUUUCGGGAGAUGAAAUUGGUGCACCACAUCUCAAGGUUGAAGGCUGUUCAGCUGGGAUCAUUCAAGUAUGACACCAAGUUAAUUUAAAACAAAACAAAUUGAUAAUCUAGAUUAUCUUUAAAUUGCUGACAUGUCAGUAGGGUAUGAUUGGCUUCUACUGAUCUAGUUAACAGUUAUGAUGAUUGUCUCUGCCUAUCAGGUAAUGGUUUUUACCUCAUUUGGGUUUGUCGUGUGUGUAUUUACAAUGGCUAGUAAAUUGUAACCCUUAAAAUUAUAAUUAUAAAUUAAUAUUGUGGAUUACAAAAACUGUUGUUACUGUAGGUAUUUCUUACAACGUGAAUGGUGGGAAAACAAACUAAUAAGUGCGAACAUGUAGAGCUUCAAUAGGUUUCAUCGUCAUGCGAAGAGGGUUGUAGCCACGUUCUUGUCCGGUUUGAGUGAAAUCUGCUGCUUUAGUUUCCAAUGCAGCGUCGGCUCGCAACACUCGGAUAGAAAACCUACGCAACUUUUUAAACAUGCUGUUUGAUUUGUGUUAUUACUCAGUGGAUAAGUUUUGCUUGCUUCGAGCCAACUACUUGAAUUUGAUAUUGCAUUUUGAUGCUUGCUUCAUAGUGUAUGUAGCUUGUUGAACUAUGUAUUUAGGUUUUAGUUAGCAUCAGUUGUAUUUAUUUUGUUUGGACAUCCAUAUCUUUGAAUAUACUUAAUAUAUUCACGUGUGUGUUUCCCGCAGUGUGUUGAGGUCCAGCAACCUUGCUAGUCGAGACACAGUGUGUGCACCUCCGAGUGACAGCUGUGGAACUCGACUGCAGGAUAAAUGUAAAGAACUAUAUACGUACCAUGUAUAAAGAAUGAAACUCCUUACUUUAUUUUGUUUGCUUUGCUAUCGCUGCCUCUGCGAGGAAGUCUUAACUAGUUGUGCAAUAAACUGAAGAUAUUUAAUAUAUUUUACUUGAGUGAUUUUGUGUAAUCUUUGUUUCCACUAUUGUGGGUUUUAAUGUAUUUUUGUAGCGUUUAUCACCAGAGAUUCCCACGAGCAUGCGUGCUUGUAUCUGUGUGAUUGCCUGCUGUAGGGACAACCUUCAUUCAAGUCUUGCCAAACUGUCAUCUUUGCACAGUUUUUCAGAAUGAAUUGUUUUAAUGUUCACAGGUUCAUGUAAAAUACUCUUGUAACUGUUCACAUUGAUGUUUUAAAUAUUAUUCAAAUAUUAACUCUCGUAAUUAUAAAUUGAGUUUAGUGAUUAUGAAUACAUAUAAUUUUUUUUCUCCCCAUUUUAGUGUUAGAAUCUCUCGAUUUUGUUUUUUUUUUUCUGAUUCAUGUGUGUUAAAUGUUGGCAACAAACAUCUGUCGUAUACACUAUCAUAAAAGAUUGUCUGAAAAAUGUAUGUUGAUUAUACUUGAAUAAAAUAACUGAUAAACUUGA